CUGAAUUUUUUGAAUGAUUAUUACAUUUUGGUAAUUUACUGUAUUGAGUUGGCUUUUUAGGUUUGAUAUUAUGCUAUUUCAGAACUUUUUUGAAUGAUUAUUAGAUAUUGGUAAUUGACUAUGUUUUGUUGAAUUUUUAGGUGUGUUUAGAUAUAUCUGUCAUGGACUCUCCUAUGACUGCAGUUGAAACUAUAUCAGAGGUUCAGAAUUCAGUUUCUGAGGUACCGAUACGCCACAGCCUUCCUAUAACAUCAGGGAUUCCCCGUUCUUCGCGGCCUCCUUUAUAUAGAAAUAAUCAAGGAGCUUCUUCUUCUUCCAGAUCUUUUUUAGAACAAAGACAUUAUCAUCAUAAUUAUGGAACAAAGAAGAUUCACCAUCUAAACAGCUAUGUAGUUAAUCAAAAGCAUUCAUAUCACGAAAGAAACAAUGAAAGGAGGUUGCCAACAAAAUUAUGCAGCAAGCAACUGUUUGAUGAUGAUUCCGAGAAUUUUGACUCAAGUUCUGAAGUAUUAGAAUCCGAGAGUUGUAUCUUAGUUCCAUCGAAACGGGCCGUUGUUAAUCAACCGAAGAAUUACUAUUCUCAGCCAGAGACUAGUUUUUGUCUUAGUCCUCAGAACAGUUACUAUUCAGCCACUGUCUAUUCGGAAGCGAAACAAAGUUUCACCGAUACUGAAGUCAGUGAGUGUGUCAGUGUUGAUGAUAAGUCGUAUGAAAGCGGAGAAGUUCCGAAUUCGUGUGAUUUUAAUGAAAGUAGGAAAACCAGCAUCUGUAGAGCGAGUACCGGAAGUGAUGUUAGCAAUGAAAGCAACACGAGUAGUCUGAGCAGUGCUUUGUAUAAACCUCAUAAGGCAAAUGAUAUAAGAUGGGAAGCGAUUCAAGCUGUCCGAGCUCGUGAGGGGAUGUUGGAAAUGAGGCAUUUUAGAAUAUUGAAGAGAUUGGGAAGUGGAGAUAUAGGAAAUGUAUAUCUAGCUGAACUUAGUUGCACAAGGACUUUUUUUGCCAUGAAACUCAUGAACAAAACCGAGCUUGCAACUCGUAAGAAGCUACUGAGGGCUCAGACGGAAAGAGAGAUAUUGCAGUCUUUAGAUCAUCCUUUUUUACCUACAUUAUAUACACACUUUGAGACUGAGACACUCUCUUGCUUGGUAAUGGAGUUUUGUCCCGGUGGCGACCUUCAUGCAAUCAGGCAAAGACAACCUGGGAAGUAUUUUUCGGAGCACGCUGUCAGGUUUUAUGUUGCAGAAGUUCUCCUUGCUUUGGAGUACUUGCACAUGCUUGGAAUAAUCUAUAGAGACCUUAAACCGGAGAAUGUGUUGGUGAGAGAAGAUGGUCAUAUCAUGCUCUCAGAUUUCGAUCUCUCUCUAAGGUGCACCGUCAGUCCAACUCUAGUGAAGUCAUCAAACCCGAUCACUGAAACUAAAAGCUCCGGAUACUGCAUUCAGCCAGCAUGUGCAAUGCAGCCAGACUGCAUCCAACAUGCAUGCUUUUCGCCACGGUUUCUAUCCGGAAAAUCCAAAGAGAAAAAAUUCAGACUAAAGAAUGACAUGCAUCACCAAAUGACACCUCUCCCUGAGUUAGUCGCUGAGCCAACAAGUGCGCGGUCAAUGUCCUUUGUAGGCACACACGAGUACUUGGCGCCUGAAAUUAUUAAAGGAGAAGGACAUGGAAGUGCUGUGGAUUGGUGGACGUUCGGGAUAUUCUUAUACGAACUCUUGUUUGGCCGAACACCGUUCAAAGGUUCUGGGAAUCGAACCACAAUGUUUAAUGUUGUUGGGCAGCCAUUAAGGUUUCCAGAAUCUCCUACUGUCAGCUUUGCUGCAAGGGACUUGAUCAGAGGUUUACUUGUGAAAGAGCCCCAACACCGUCUUGCCUAUAGACGCGGAGCUACCGAAAUCAAACAACAUCCGUUCUUUCACAAUGUGAACUGGGCACUGAUCCGCUGCGCUAAUCCUCCAGAAGUACCAAGACAGACCAUGAUGAUGAAACCAAACUCAACUGAAAAUGAAGUUGGAAUGAACCCUUCUGGUAAUUAUUUAGAAUUUGAUUACUUUUGAUUCUAAAAAUGUGAUGUGUAGAGUUUGUGGACCAUGAUUCCUUCCUUUAUUGCAUAAAAGAAUGCAAUGAAUUUUUUUUG